AUGAAGUUGUUUUCUAAAGCCAAGAAGGCCCCUCCAGCCUCGGAGAGUAUCCAGAAUCUGCGACAAACACAGGACAUGUUGAUGAAACGACAGACACAUCUAAACAAGAAGAUCCAAGACGAAUUAGAGUCAGCCAAGAAGCUCAACAAAGCCGGCAACAAGAAAG